GCUUCAUUGGGCACUUUUGGGACUGUUGCUUAACAGCUUGCAUAGUUUACAAUGCAAAUUGUGAUUUCUAAAUAUUAUUUUAAAUCGUUAAAAGUACAUUCAUUUUGGGAUGGAGAUCAACAAAACACUGAACGAAUUAUAUUCAUUUCUUUAAAUGUAUUAGCGCUAGUGCUAACUCUAGGCACAUGUCCACAUAUAGUUUUGAAAAUUGAUAAAACACAAUUAGUCCAUAUUUAAUGUCAGUGUUAUGUUUUUUUAAUGAUUAUGAUUACCUUUUGCAUAGCUAACUGCCUUUUACCUUUCAGUAAUGUGCGUGACGUCAAUAGUAUUAAUUAAGACUUUGCCUGAACUUUUUCUCAAUGUCUUCUUCUUCUUCUUCUUUUCCUUUCGGCUUGUCCCGUUAGGGGUCGCCACAGCGUGUCAUCUUUUGCCAUCUUAGCCUAUCUCCUGCAUCUUCCUCUCGAACCCCAACUGCCCUCAUGUCUUCCCUCACCACAUCCAUAAACCUUCUCUUUGGUCUUCCUCUCGCCCUUUUGCCUGGGAGCUCCAUCCUCAGCAUCCUUCUACCAAUAUACUCACUCUCUCGCCUCUGAACAUGUCCAAACCAUCGAAGUCUGCUCUCUCGAAUCUUGUCUCCAAAACAUCCAACUUUGGCUGUCCCUCUAAUGAGCUCAUUUCUAAUCCUAUCCAACCUGGUCACUCCGAGCGAGAACCUCAACAUCUUCAUUUCUGCCACCUCCAGUUCAGCUUCCUGUUGUUUCUCAAUGUCAGCCUCUUAAAAUGACUUUGCUUUCUAUCACAUGUAGAAUUUCUCAAACUUUUGUAAAAAUAUUAAAUUAUGUCAAAAUAGUCGGAUUUCGUUGUGGGGAAAAAAGUGAAACAAGCUUGUCAUCUUUUGGUGUCGACCUUGAGGCUUUGGUAAAUCGUGUGGUGUGCGUGUUCCGCUAUGAGAUUAACACCGGAUUGGCCACCCGUCUGCGGUGGUUCGUUGUGCGCAGACUCUGAGGCGAUCUUACACUUUGAGAGUCUCCACACGGCAGUUGUAGCUUCUGUCAGAUGGUGGAUGACGCCACAUUUUUAGGAGCAUGAUUUCCAGGAUGUGCAAAAAAUUAAUUUGGGUGACGUCAUCACAAUUCGGACCCGAGCAUGCGCGCGCCCUGAGCGCGCCGCCUGCGAGCAGCGAGUAGAGGAUCACUUCAAGCCGGAGCCUCGGGAUGCGGAGGCUAGUGCUUCGGGAGGCCGCCAAGCGCUUCCCCUGGCUGGGCAACGUGACGCUCUACGGCGGCCUGUUCGCUGGAGGUGACCUGGCGCACCAGCUCCUGGCUCACAAGGAGCGACUAGACUGGACUCACACGCGCAAUGUAGCCGUGGUGGGGGUCACCUUCCACGGAAACUUUAACUACUUCUGGAUGAGGGCGCUGGAGCGACGUUUUCCGGGAAAAUCGGCCGGGAUGCUCUUCCGAAAACUACUGCUGGACCAGAGCUUCGCCUCCCCGCUGGCUACCAGUGUCUUCUACACGGGAGUGAGUUUCUUGGAGGGGAAGGAGGACGUCCUUGAAGACUGGCGGGAGAAGUUUGUCAACACUUGGAAGUUCCUGAACUUCACCCUGCUUCCUCUGCACAUGCGCACAGCCUUCAUGGGCUGCUGCGCCUUCCUGUGGGCAACCUUCCUCUGCUUCUCCCGUCAGGACGGCGACGGCACAGCUGCCAUGGCGCUCGCCUUCAUCAUGGACCCCCGCAAGACACUGGAGGAAAUGCGCCAGGCCCGCCUAGCCAGGAAGCAGGACCAAGGGACCUACGGGGAUAAAUAGUCACAUGUUGCUGUUUAGUACCAAGAAAUAUGAACCAGAUGUGUCCAAGCCCAUGGUCAUAUACGAUGGGUCCAUAGGUAUGUUUUUUCAUGCCAAGGCAACAGGUGGCGCUCUAGUCCCAGAACCAUUAAAAUUUGCCCAUCUGAAACAAUUAGAAAUCAGGCCUGGUACUGUUGCCAAGAUGCUAAACAGACUAUGCAUUUAUCUUGUACUUUUGUGCCUAUCAGUAUUAUACCUUUAACUUCCAUUACUAUAUUUGUCUAUGAAUUCAAACCCAAAAAAAUUGUAUUAUUGUAAGAUUUGAUGAGACAUCAACAUUUAGAACUCGGAAGUGCUUCGAUAAUGUUUUAAAAAUGGAUAGAUGAACCAGUUCAUUGAUUGAUGAGGUAAAAAAAAAAAAGUUCAUGUAAUUUUUAUUUUUUAGAAUUAAUAAAAUCAUGUGCAUCCAUCCAUUUUCUGAGCUGCUUAUCCUCACAAGGGUCACAGGAGUGCUGGAGCCUAUCCCAGCUAUCAUCGGGCAGGAAGCUGGGUACACCCUGAACUUGUUGCCAGCCAAUUGUAGGCACACAGAGACAGGCAACAGUCACAUUGACAUUCACACCUGAGGGAAAAUUAGAGUGACGGAUUAAGUUAUUUCUUUGGGAUGUGGGAGGAAACCGAAGAAAACCCACGGAGCCACGGGGAGAACAUCUAAACUCCAAACCAGUUCAGGGUGUACUCUGCCUCAAGCCCAAUGACAGCUGGGAUUGGCUGCAGCGCUCCCGUAACCCUUGUGAGGAUAAGUGGCUCAGAAAAUGGAAGGAUAGAUUCUCAGUAAUACAA